AUGGCGCGCCGCCGAAAAACGAAAGCUCGACCCGCAGCCUCAAAUGAUACGCCUGGUGGAAGCAGCCCUCAGGUGCCAAGAACAUUCGUUGUCAAGCAUGGUCAGGUUAGCACCUCUAUAACAAAUCUAGUGCAUGACAUGCGGUCGGUCAUGCAACCCAACACGGCCACAAGACUUAAAGAAAGGUCCUAUAAUAAACUUAAAGACUUCCUUGUCAUGGCGCCUCCACUGGGUGUUUCGCACCUUCUUGCAUUCACGUUGACAUCUAUCGCCCCUCACCUCCAUGUUAUCCGAUGUCCUUCCGGGCCCAGUGUCACAUUUCGGGUUGAGAGAUAUUCACUUGUUCGUGACCUGCUAAACGCGAACAUAGAAGCCAGGCCCAUAGGUCAAGAUUUUAACACCCCUCCCCUGUUGGUGCUUUCUUCCUUCCCGCCUCCUGGUCCCAACACUCCCGCGCAUAUCCCCCUUCUCGUGACAACCUUUCAAUCGCUUUUCCCCCCGCUUUCUCCUAAAACCAUUUCUCUCGACUCUGCCCGACGAGUGGUGCUCAUAUCAUAUAAUUCGGAUCUUGGGACCAUAGAUUUUAGACAUUACUUGAUCAAGAUUCGAAAGACAGAUCCAACACAACGAUUCCGCUCCAUCUUAUAUCGGACUAGCGACGCACGAAAUCUCGGACAGGAGAGAGACCUCUCAGAGUAUGUUCUUCGGAUGUUGCGCAAGGCCGACGGUAAUGCCAUUGCGCAUUCGGCUACGCAAGGCUCAGAUUCGGAUGAGGACGAGGUCCAAUUCGAUAAGACAAGCAGAACGAGGACUAAGGAUGGAAAGCAUUCGAUUAGGCUCUACGAGAUCGGGCCAAGGAUGGAACUGCUGUUGAUGAAGAUUACAGAAGGAUACCCGGGAAAUGAUGGGACAGUCUUGUACCAUCAUUUCGUUCAAAAGACUGCUGAGGAGGCGGAAGCAUUAGCGGCUUCAGUGGCCGAGCGCCAGCUCCUCAAGAAGCAACGUCGAGAAGAACAGGAAAGGAAUGUCGCCCGCAAGAAACUGGCCAAAGAAAUGCCAACGGCGACGGGGGAUGGGAGUGACGGGGAGGAUGGGAGAGCCACGGAGAACGAGAACUCUGAUGUGGACGAGGACCUAUCGGAAGAUUACGGUUUGAACGAGGAUGACGACACUGGGGAGCCCUCGACGAAGGUGAAAGUGAUGAGGAUGAACCACUGCAUCCUCGAACCAAAAGAGUUCGAAUACGCGGAUAAAGAUGAUUUUUUCACAGUUCUUUCACAACUCGAAAACUUUCUUUGCAACUCUCAUUUUAUAUGAUUAAACGCGGGGCAACCGGGUGACAUCUGAAUAUGACAUCACAACGCUGGACACCGUACCCCACCUACCGAAGCUACCCUUAUAUACAUGAUAGAUGUGGCGGGCUGGGAGGUGUCGUCAGGCACGCCACUUACAAUACUG